CACUAAUGAAGUGUGCAUCUGUUCAUGAUUCCUGUCAAAGACUGAGGAACGUCCUGACUUUCCCAGAGCUGAUCUCACCUGUCCCUGCGCAGCGACGUCAGCGCGGCUGUCCUGCUUCAUGAUGUCAGUGGGUCAUUCCUGUCUGGUUGAGUAACACACUGUCCCUCCCUGGCCUCUCCAGUGAGCGUGUGUGUUUUUAGCUGCGGAGUGUGCGAGAGGUGGAUUUGGGUGUCUGUGACAGUCGGGUUUGUUGCUGAUUUACUAUGUCUGACACACUAUAGGCCGGAGCUGUAUGUGUGUGUGUGUGUGUGAGUGCGGCGUAUGGAGAGCUUUAUAUAGCCACAGUUAUCCAGGAAGGAGGAAUGUCCUGGAUGCCAGUGACCAUAUUUGCACAGAGUGUCUGCUACAAGCCGGCAGCAACACACUGACCACAAACCGUAACUUACACACACUCAAACACUCACCUCUCCUUCAUCUGCCCGCUCCCUCCCCCUCUGAGCCGCGCGCUGUAGUUGCACUGGAUCGCCACUACCAGGCAAUGUAACACCUCGCCUGGUGGUGACAGUCGACUUCUCCUGACUCACGGAGAGCAAACUUCUCUCUCUCUUUCCAGCACUUUCUGGUUUCUUCUCCCUAACAAUCCGUUCUGCUGACUGACAACAUCCACUCUGACCCUGUGGAGGAAACUACUCCGCCUCCCCUUCGUCCCUCACUCUCUCUGUGCCGGUCCGUGCACUUGUACACGUUUGGGAUACUGGCUGACCGGGUUCAGGCUUUUGGGCUGCGUGUGUGCAUGUGUGCGUCUGAGAGUGCGUGAGUCAGUAUGCCAUGUCGUCCCCUGGCUCGUCGUUUGUGCAGAUAAAGCAUGAGGACUUGCUCUUCUACGAGAACUGUGGAGGGGGCAGCUUUGGGAGCGUCUACCGAGCCCUCUGGAUAUCGCAGGACAAGGAAGUGGCUGUGAAGAAGCUGCUGAAGAUCGACAAAGAGGCCGAGAUUCUCAGCGUACUGAGUCAUAAGAACAUCAUUCAAUUUUAUGGAGCUGUGCUGGAAUCUCCCAACUAUGGCAUUGUCACAGAAUACGCUAACGGAGGGUCUCUGUACGAGUACCUUUCCAGUGAGCAGAGUGAGGAGAUGGACAUGGAGCAGAUCAUGGCGUGGGCCAUCCAGAUAGCCAAAGGGAUGCAUUACCUCCACGCAGAAGCUCCAGUCAAAGUGAUUCACAGAGACCUCAAGUCACGAAACGUGGUAAUGACAGCAGACAAAGUGCUGAAGAUUUGUGACUUUGGAGCAUCUAAGUUCCUGUCCCACACCACCCACAUGACGGUGGUGGGCACGUUUCCCUGGAUGGCUCCAGAAGUCAUUCAGAGUCUACCUGUGUCGGAGACCUGUGACACCUAUUCCUACGGGGUGGUGCUGUGGGAGAUGCUGACUCGGGAGGUUCCUUUUAAAGGUUUUGAAGGGCUGCAGGUUGCGUGGCUGGUGGUGGAAAAACAAGAGAGGCUGACCAUCCCCACCAGCUGUCCAGCAAGCUUUGCAGAGUUGAUGAGGAAAUGUUGGCAAGCCGACCCUAAGGAGCGUCCCCAGUUUAAGCAGGUGCUGGUAACCCUGGAGACCAUGGCCAACGACAGCAGGCUACCAGACCAGUGCAACUCCUUCCUACACAACAAGGACCAGUGGAGGUGUGAAAUUGAGUCGACCCUUGAGCGCCUCCGGAAGCUGGAGAGGGAGCUUUACUCCAAGGAGAAGGAGCUGGAGGAGAGGGAGCGGAGGCUCAAACUGUGGGAGGAGAGGCUGAUGGAGAGGUCCAACAUGACUCCCAGUCCAACCUCACUACUCAUGGAGCGCUCAAACAUCUCACCGUUCUUCACACCGAUGUCCAUCGGCUCCACCGGCUCUUUCUUCCGCUCACACUCUCAGGACUCCAACAGCGCGGGGGUCAGCAGCGCUGGUGUCAGCUGUCUCCUUCGCACACUCAGCAACGGAGACACAGAGAGGGGGAGCAGCGGAGCGGUGGUGGAGAGAGGGAUGGGCUCGCUCGACGGCGGGAGGCUGCACGCCAUGCUCCGAGGGCUGCACGGGCGCUUCGGAGAGGAGGACGACGAAGAGGAGGGCACCGUGGAGGAGAAAGGCUGGGUGCAGCGGGACAGAGACGACAGUGGGAGUCUGGAGGGGGGACGGGUGCAGGUGAUGCUCAGGAGCUUCCCGGGGGGCGUAGUGGAGAGGGAGGAGAGGACGUGGGAGGAGGGGGACAAGCAGAGAGGGGGGAUGCAAAGGAGCCGGGUGACCACCAUAGUUCGAGGGUUCUCGGGUGGGUUCGGAGAAGCAGAAGGGGAGAGAGAGAAGGAGGCAGGGUGGGAGAUAGAAAAAGUCGGGGACAGGAUGGAGGAGAGAGGGAUAGAGGGGGGGCUCGAAGGAGGGAGACUCCCUUCCAUGCUCAAGGGGAUCCACGGGAGCAUCGGGGGCUUGGGGGACAUGCUGUCUUUAGAUAUGGAUGAGAUUGGGGACAUGGAGGGACUAGGCGACAUGGACAUGAACAUGAACAUGGGUGACCUGGGCGUGAUGAAGGUGGUGGGUCAUGGCGUCAGGAGUGAGGUGGGGGUCAGGGGACGCAGGAGUGACAUGGGAGUUGUAGUCCAGGGAGUCAGGGAGGACCUCAGCCAAAAGAUCAGAGGCGAAGUGGGCGUCGUGGGUCACUCUGGGGUGCAGGUGAGCAUGCGGGCAGCGUCCAAUCAGAACUCUGUGAAGAGCUGCAGCGUGCGACACGGAACCAAGGUCAACAUGGCCACAGCAGCCAUGGACAUGAUGGAGCUCGACUGGUCUGACAGCGACUAGAAAACACAGUAGCAGACGCACACAAACAAAAACACAAAGAGGCCAAACUAGACAGAUUUGGACUUGUUAGCACAGCUACAGUGUGUGCAUUACAACCUCCAGUUGAAAAAGAGCUGGUAUACACACACACAUUUCUUUUUGUUAUUAUUUUUUUUUUUAUUAAAUGGAUGAAUACUACACCCAUGUGUACUGUGAAGUAGGAAGGAGCAAAGAGACAAUAAGUGGUCGUCUCGUCAUGUCGUCAGAAUGACUUCACCUGUGUAACUUAACGCGCUAUUAAAACCGCUGCGUAACAUACUGUAAGAGAAUAACACACUUGAAUGUCGCUCUAAUGAGGCAGCGUUGUCCUUUGUUUUUUCUCCUGCUUAUCUUGUAGUUUGUAGAUUUGAUUUGUUCAAAACCUGCUUUGACUUUAUCAGUUCUAACUGUGAUCUAGUGUGUGAAUUUUUGGCAUUUCUUUCUGUAUAUUUUAUCUUUUUUCAAUAAAAAGGAAAGACAUCC